GUCGUUGUCCAGUGCUCCGCGGCGUCCGGCCGCCCGGAGCCGGUGGUCUACAGAGUGCCGGACACGCGGCAGUCCUCGCGAGGCGUCGUCCUCAAGCUGCGCGACCAGAUCCUGUCCGUCACAGUGACCCGCGUGGGGAACCAGACGAUCCUCAGCCUGGAUGCAUCGAAG